AUGCAGGACAACUACAACGCGACUCAACGCAACAUCGACACCUGGCUGUUCUUCACUCUCUUCCGCUCCCGGCUGUGGCUGCUGGAUCAGAAGUGGUCCUACCCGGGGGGCUUUACUGAGGCCAAGAGGGGCCAGAGGGCGAAGGGCCUAGCGAGGUACCUGCUGAACAGUGUGCUGCAGCUGGGGCCCACCUUCAUUAAGAUUGGUCAGUUGAGUUCCACCCGUUCCGACCUGCUACCCGCUGAGUUCGUGGAGGAGCUGUCAACGCUCCAGGACCGUGUUCCCGCGUUCGCCGCCUCUAAAGCCAUCUCCAUAAUUGAGAAAGACCUGGGCCGACCCAUCUCCCAGCUCUUCGCAUCAUUCGACCAGCGACCCAUCGCCGCGGCCAGUCUGGGGCAGGUCCAUCGCGCCGUGUUGUUCAGCGGUGAGGAGGUGGUGGUCAAGGUGCAGCGACCCGGACUGAAGCAGCUGUUCGACAUUGACCUAAACAACCUGAGGAUUCUGGCGGAACAGCUGGACAAGGGGGAUGAAAACAGGGACUUCAAGGGUAUCUACCAGGAAUGCGCCACCGUGCUGUACCAGGAAAUCGACUACCUGAACGAGGGGAGGAACGCGGACAGGUUCAGACGUAACUUCCGUGUGGAUGCCUCGUGGGCUCGUGCGCCCAAGGUGUACUGGGAGUACUGCAGCCCCCGUGUGCUGGUACUGGAGUACCUGCCGGGUGCCAAGAUUAGCGAUAAGGCCCGGCUGCAGGCGGCAGGACUGGAUCUAGACACCAUUGCUCGCAGGGCCACGGAGGCCUACCUGAUCCAGAUCCUCAAACACGGAUUCUUCCAUGCUGACCCCCAUCCUGGCAAUGUUAGUGUGGACACUCGGACAGGCGACCUGCUGUUUUAUGACUUUGGCAUGAUGGGUGAAAUCGUACCUGACGUACGAACACGACUGCUGGACGUCUUCUACGGUGUUUACCGGAAGGACACAGACCAGGUGCUCAGGGCCCUGGUGGCUCUUCAGGUGAUCAAGCCCACCGGUGAUUCUCUGAGCCUGCGUCGGGCCAUCAACUACUUUAUCGAGAACCUAUCACGACAGGCGGAGAGGCAGGAGACCAUUCAGGCUAUUGGCGAGGACCUCUUCGCCAUUGCUCUGGACCAGCCGUUCAGGUUCCCUGCCACCUUCACCUUCGUUCUCCGCGCCUUCUCCACCCUGGAGGGCAUUGGCAAAACCCUCAACCCCAACUACCGCUUCAACGAGGUCGCCCAGCCAUACGCGGCGGAGCUGCUGCAGCUGCAGGACGCAACCGGGGCCCGGGGAGGGGCGGCGCUGCUGGAGCAGGUCCAGCAGCAGGCCAGCGAGCUGGGUGCUGCUGCAGCCGCCAUGCCCCUACGUAUUCGCCGCAUUGAGGCCACCGUAGCCCAGUUGGAGACGGGGGACCUGAAGCUGCGAGUGCGGGUGCUGGAAGGGGAGAGGGCGGACCGCAGGGCGGGGGUGCUCCAGAUGGCCACCCUGAACACGGUGGCAUGCAUGGGGCUGCUGAACGUGGGCACCAUGUUGGCCAUCAACAGCGGCGGCCCAGGAGCAGCAGCGGCGGUGGCGACGGGGGGUAUGAAUCUGGAGGGCCCUGCGGCUCUGUGUCUGGGCCUGUCCGCGGUGUUUGGAGUGCUGGUCUUCCGAGGCCUCAAGAGGGUGCAGCGGCUGGACAAAUUUGAGAAGGAAAUCAAGGGCUAG